AUGUGCCACUGGUGGGCUGUUGCUUCGCGUGAGGCAGAGAGAAUUGGGGCCCGCUGUGGGACGGUCAGCCGUCAAUUGUGUCACCUGUUUUCGCUACGAGACCGUUCACCGAGCUGAUGUGAGUGUCCCAGAGCGAAAAGAGAGACCCCGGCAUUGAGAAUUUUUGGCUUUGUGUGAUCAGGGUUCCGCCUAAGCUCGCAUUUCAGAAUUUCGAGCUCGCAGCCCGAAAUCAGCUCGGACGAGAUGGCGAGUCCAGAUCUGGUGUGGCUGUGCGUGCGGAACAGCAGUAGCUUCAUCAAGAAGUCGAAUGGGAUCACGCUGACCAACGAGCCGGGCAACCUCACUGGGGAGAACAGCUUCAAGUACAGCGGACUGGCCAACAACAAGACAGUCGAUGUGGUGCCCACGAAGGGCAAGAAGAACACACGACCCGUUCUCGUCAAGAAGGCCAAGAAACUCAGGUACGUCAGAGAGGCAGAACGGGGUGUGGAGGGAUGGACGUGUGUCUGUCUGUGUGUCUGUCUGUGUGUCUGUCUGGUCAUGUGUGUGCUGGUCAAUCGGUGCAGAUCUGUCGAGGGUCGCAAGUGCACGACGUACUUGAACAUCGACUUGACUCAGUCGUCGAAGCGCAUCAGCACCCAGCUGCAGAAGGGCAACUACCGCCCCGACCUCAUUGCUGACGCCGAGAAGAAGUACCUCAAGGUGCGCGGCGAUAUCAGCAAGACGGCUGCAGGCGGCCGGCCCGUCAAGAAGGGACGCAAGCCGCGCACCUGAUGGGACUGACGGGGUUUGAUGUGAUGUGAAUGGGUUUGGGUUGAGUGUGUUGGCAUCUGGACGGCUUUCCGUCUGAUGGAUGGAUGGAUGAUGUGGCAAUGUGCGUGUUUCAUGCGUUCGUUGCUUCGUGUGGCGUAUGGGGACUCUGCGUGGAUGGCUCUUUCCUUAACAGUCUUUAAGCCCAAUCCACGCUUUUCCCAUCACAUGUGACUGAGCAUCAACCAC